CGUCGAGGGGAAAUUGCCGAUGGCAUCUUGUUGCCUUCCAGUAUUUUGACCUUUGUUUUUGUGAAAGUUGCUUGAAUUAAGAGCCGCAAUUACAUAUUUUCAAAUGUUACAAAAUGAUAAUUCUAGAUCAUAUUGCUUUGUAACCUUUCAAUCCAAAACGUGGAAGGACCAAAGCUUGACUCAAAACAACUGAAUCUUCAAAGAAUAACCACAAAUUCCGGACUCUAGCAUUAAUUAUUCGUUGAAACACAUGUGUAAACUAAUCAGUUUGAGGUCGGGACAUAAAUACAAGACGUGGUGGUAUAUUCACUUAUUCAAUAUGAGUUGGUGGUGUGUUUCUGUGUUUUGGAUCCUAAUUGGAUUUCACUCAGUCCAAGGAUGUAUGGAAACCCAUGUCCGAUGUCUCAAGAGCUACCAAUGGAAGUACCGAACCCACCGAACGUUCCACCAUAUUGAAACCGCCGAGAGUUGUCAAGCUGCGUGUUCCAAGUACGGUUCCCGGGUCAACUACUUCACGUUUGACGUGUCCAUUCAUGCUUGCAUGUGCAUUGCCAAUUGCUUGAUCGAUCGAGGACCCAAGGCUGAAAAUGACGUGACCGGUACAGUCUCGGAUGCAGAUCCAAGUGACCUUUGUGAGGUGGAGGCAAGCCCAGAAUUGAGCAGCUACUUGGUAGCUGGUGCAGAAAAAUCCGGGCGAAUGGAUUACAUCGAUCUUCCAAAUCAUAGGAUGGUCAAUUGUUCAUUGAGGAAUUUAAAACGCAAACAAGAGAUAAUAUAUAGCUUCAUUGAAGAUGAAUUACAUAUUUGCUCUGUGGAGAAAUUGGGCCGUAAAAAAGCGGUUCUUUGUUGGCAGAAUCGUCAGGGAACGAAGUAUUGGUACCAUGUUGAUGCGGUCAUCAUUGAGGGUUUGGAUGUCAUUAAUUUCAUCCAGAUGCCCGAUGGAAAACUGGUCUUGAUACUUUACCAUCCAAACUUGUAUCUGUAUGAUGGAAAAAAAUUCAAACUGAUUUCUCAACAAUUCCCCUACCACAAGAACAGUGCCCUCAGCAACAUUAAAUGCAUGGCUCCCAUAUCUAAUGAGGAAUUAAUAUUUGGACUUGGUACAAGGAAAGAGGGAUCGUCUUUUACCCCAGACCGGCACUUGUACAUCAUCAACCUGCAUACUGGGAAUAGCUCAAAGGGUCCCCAAACGUUACCUCACAUUGAAGGCUCAAAGUGUGGAGCUUUUGGACCGCCGGAGAAUCGGAAAUUAUUCAUCUUAGGAGGAGACAUGAAAAAUCCAGAUUCAAACGACAACAGUAUGAUUCCUUACAACGGCACUAUCGUUUACGACCCCAAGUCACAGGAGUUCACUUAUCCCGGUGAGGACUUGUCCAACACAGCCUCGAUGGAGGGCGAAAUGACACCCUACAUGGAUACAUUUUUCUUCAAUGAUCGACGGUCGUCUCGAGAUAUUUGGUUAUUUGAUUAUAAUAGAACCCACCCACAACUUGUUAAAGAAGUUACCACCGUCCAACGAAGUUAUUUAUUCAUGACAACGUUGCCGACAAAAGCCCUACAGUGUAGUUAAUGUCGCAAGAUUAUCCUCAGCAAAUGUCUGUUUCCAACAUGCCUCUGUCAUUUUCAUAUGUUUUCUGAAA